UAUGGGUGUGGUCUGACUAAACUCUCAUCAAACUACUAUCUUUAAAAGCUUGUCGAUAAUUUUUUUUGUGGAACACUAUGUAUAUGUGAAUUCCCAAUGAGUAAGGCUGUGUUUUUAACGCCGUCUACUCGCUCGUUACUCGGUAGUCAUGUCUUGUUGCUUGCCGGAUUAUGUUCGUAUGUUGUUCGCGUGCCGCGAAGUGAUUCGCCGAACAUAGUGUUGGCUUUACCAUUUUAUUUACAUUUACUUAAAAUCAAUCAUUAGAGAUAACAGUGUCAUAUUUGAUUUAAAUUUUUUUAUUUUUUAAUAAGAUUUUUAUUUGGAAAAAAUGCCCGAUAAAUAAGCUUUAAUUUUUACUCUUAAUAAAUGCAUAAUUUUAUAUCUAUUUUGCAUGAGUACUAAUCAAUUGUCGAUGACUGCGCAAAAAACAAAUCUUUUCUAUAGAAUUUUAUUAAAUAAAGAUUAUUUAUAACUUUUAUAUUAUUUAUUAUACGUAAGUAAUUUGCUUGUUUUUUCAUAAAAUUGCACAUAUUUAAAUCCUUUAAUUUACCGUCUGUUCCUUUUGUGUUUUUUUCGUCAAUUCUCGAUUGACAUUUCUUUAUUAGCUUUAACAUAAAUAAAGUCUUUGGUAUAUAUACAUAUGUAUAUUAUGAAUAAGCAAAAUAGUACGAGGAAAAAAUAUUUUUCUUGUAAUUUUCUUUAUUUAGCAUAAACCGGUUUUAAGAUGAAAAAUCAAGAUAAUCCAGUAAUUGCAUUAAGUUCCUUUAACAUUGAUAAAUAGUCAUAAAGAUCAAAUAAUUGUUAAGAUUAGUUAAUCACAAAUAAUUGGCGAAUAUUUUCAAGAAAAAAUAUUUUUCUUAUUGUACUUAUCUAUCAAGAUAAACUUGACAAGACAAAUUAUACAUUUAUUGCGAUUAUUAUCAUAAUUAUCAAUUAUAAUUAAUCAAUAAAAACAACGGCGCUAAAAAAUGAAAGAACUGACGUUAACAAACAGCUAUCAAAUCUUUACUUUAACUUAGUAUAUUUUUAACCAAAUUUACAUUACAACUUACGAAUUUUCUUUCACAAUCGAGACUAAACACUUGUGUUUGCUUUCGUUCCAUCGGACUCUGUACCUCCAAACAAUGGCCUUCAACAACGAUAAUUCCAGAAGACUUGGCAUGCAUGACUAUCGCUUCAACAUUUCCUUCAUCGGGAACGACUGCGUGAUAAACGAGAUGAAGGCAAUGCGAUUGUUUGUGAUUUGACAUGAGAUUAAUCCUUGCAUUAACGUAAACAUUAACUUGAGCGAGGAAUUUUUUUAUUCUUAACAUACCAAAAUUAAACAAACUCUUUAGCACUCUAAAUUCUUCUCCCUAGUACUUUUAACAUUCGAAAUUUUUAGUACUGUCCAUUUAUCUUGUCCUCACUUUAUGUCUAUUCUAACGGUAAAAAGAAAUCGUUUCGAAGUCCAUAGAGAUGUUAAGAAUGCGGAAGUUUUAUUGUAAUUCUUAGUUGAAAAGAUGAUAAAUUACUUCAUUUCAUUGAAACAUCAUCAAUAUUAAAUGUACAAUCAAUCUAUUAUUUUUUGUAAAAUUUAUUAUUAAAACAUUGAUGCAGUUUAAUAUUAUAAAAAUAAUCAUUAUUAUUUUAAUACUUUCUACCAGUUCUCAGACAGUUAUAGACUCCAACUCAAUAGAAAGACUGUUUUUUUUACAAUAAAUUUAUCAAGUCAUUUUCUUAAUUUUUCAACUUUUAGAUUUUUUUAUUAAAACGUUUUUUAUUGAAAAAAAAUUUUAUGUUGAAGAAAUAAGAACAUUUGAUUUGAUGAAUUUAUUGUAAGAAAAAAUCAGUCUAUCGAUCCAAAAUUUACAAUUUGCCUGGAAGAUAGAAGAAUGAUUGAAAAAUAUUUGAGGAUUACUUUACAUAUUGAACUAUAUUGAUAUUGUUAUUCGCAAUAUGAGGAAUAUGCUCACGCAAAUACGUUGUCUAUCUGACAUAUUGCAUGAUAAUGCACAUCCAAUGCCAUAAAAACGGAUUUUUGACGUCCGAUCCAUCGUAUGUCAUCCGUUGAAUGAUGCAACUCUUUUCAAUCCUCUGUCUGAACGUUAUUUUUAGGUAUUUCUCUGUAAAUAUGUUAUUCGUUCAGAAUUAACUUUUUAUUUUAAACUGCGUCGGCGCGCUCCUUUGCUUACGAUUCAAAAAUACUUUCUCAUACGCUUUUUUAUGAACUGUUUUACAUUUUAUUUAUAACAUAUUUUAAAGAGAUUGCCUGGAUUCAAGGGGAUUAAAAUCUCUCUCUUUCUCAUCAUCCAUGGCCAACCGAGGCCAAUCCCGCCUUGUCGAGGUACCUUCUUAUCGGUGUCAUCUUUCUAACAAGCAAUUGCCUGCUUAUUCUAAAAACCAGCUUACCCUUUGCCUUUCAGAUAAUACUACACAGAAUUAAGCUCGUUUCCGUUUACAAACGCUGGAUAUAUUUAUUUAAGAGGCAUAACGAGAAAUCAGUUUUGUUUUGUGAAUUCGAAACACGUCAAUAGUUUAAUGAUGUAUCCGUCAAGUAUCGUACUUUGGUGCCAUGUGCUCCUGUUAGUUGUUUUGUCCUCGGACUCUCUGGGAAAUUCUACGAAUGAUGAGCUGAGGAGCAAUUCGAUGGCGCGGUAUGAUCGUCUCAUAGACUCUAGAAACCGAGACGACAAAAUGCAGCCGAUACUGUACAAAUUACGCGAAAACUCUACUAAAAAUGUUAAUGAAAUGCAGUAUGAGCCCACUAUUAAUUCUAUGACUAAUGAUCGCAAGGAUUCGCUGCGAUACGAACCUCACCUGCAUAUCAUGAAGAUCCACGAGGAGAAUAAUCAGAUAUCCAUUCCCCGCAUCAAGUCUAUUAAGAUGAGUAACGAAAACGACACUACGUUGCAAGAAUUGAAUGAGAGUCUCACGAGGAGCAAAAGCAAUUCCAUGUUAUAUGAAUAUGGAAAUUUUAACACAGAUAACUAUAAUGACAGUCUGCCUACUGUUUCGUAUGAAAUGUGCGGCAACGAAACCUGCAUUCAGCUUUGCUGUCCUUUUGGCAAUCGUGUAGUAGACAGGAAGUGCAUCGCAGGGCAGGAUAAUUACUCUUUUCCAUACGUUCAGAAUGAUUCUAAGAAUAAGAAGUUGGAUGAACUCUUUCAACUGACCGUCCGCGAUCCAUGCAUUUUACAAGGAACUGCGCAUCGUAUUCUUAAUCCCGAUGAAUACUUGUUUCUCGUCAAUGGCUCUUUGUACCAAAAUUCUGGCAAGCUCGUUCCAUCGACGUCUUACUGCCUCGCCAUUUUGGACCGGAACAUUUAUGAUACGAUCGUAUGCAAAGACUCGAUUGGCUUUCCGCAAUACGUAUCUGUGUGCCUUCUGGUGUCCUUGCCGUUCCUGGUGCUGACGUUUGUGGUAUAUUCCAUACUGCCGGAGGUCCAGAACAUACACACAUACACGUUACGUGUAUACGUCGCCACGUUAUUCACCACAAACGUGAUCAUAUUUUGCGCUCAAGAAAUUCCUGUGUUAUCUGAAUGGAAAUAUUGCAUUCCACUGGCCUACAUUUUUAAUAUUUCGAUGUUAGCGAGUUGUUUUUGGCUAAACGCAAUGUGCUUUGACAUUUGGUGGACAUUCAGAAAGCUCAGUUUCCAUCCAACAAAUGUAAAGGACAGGAGAAGGAAAUGGAUAAUGUAUUCUAUUUAUGCGUGGGGACUUACUUUUGGUUUAACUAUCGUCUGUGCCAUCAUGGAUAUUCCUGGCAUACCGAAAGACUUUAUUCGACCGGAAAUGUGCGUGAAUAAAUUUUGGUUUGGACAAUAUGCCGCAUUUUCGGUGUAUUACUACAUACCCACAGGAAUCGCUUUUAUUAGCAACGUUUGCUUCUUCGUCACCACGGCAAUAACGAUUAUAUACCAUAAUAAACAUACUGCUCAUCAGCUAAGAGAUUCAGACAACCGGCGCUACAAUAAAAGGAAGCGCAAGUUUGGUAUGUACCUGAAACUGUUCGUAGUCAUGGGACUAACCUGGAGUUUGGGUAUAAUAUUGUGGUUGAUUAACGGCAGCCAUCCCUUACCGCAAAUUGUUUGGAAUAUCAACUAUACGAUAGACAUCUUGCAAGGCGUCGUCAUUUUCAUUAUAUACGUAUGCAAAAAGAAGAUCUUACGGCUGCUACUAAAACGAUUUGGUUACCACGAUCGCGAUCCAUUUUGGGGUAUUUCAAGGAGCGGUCAAGUUACUAGAACGUCCUCGAAUUUCUCUUCCCUCUCAUCGAUAUCGGGAUCAAUGCCCAUGCAAAAAAUUAAUUCCUCUUUUAGUCAUCAGGCUAAUCAUCAUGUGCAGCCAAAUACAAAAUAAAAGGGAGAAUUCUAUUAUAAAUGAGUUAGCAAUAUAUUAAUAUCAUAAUUUAAUUCUCCAAUCAAGGAUUGAUCUUAUAUUAUUGUGUCUCGCUCUCUUUUUGGAUAUAUUAAUUGUAAUUUUAAUUGAUAAUUUCUGGGACACUCCAUAAAAGUCUCAUAUAAUAUACGUAAUCAUUAUAAAUUGUUAUGCCAUAUUAAAUGUAUGCACACCACUAGUGAUAUAUUUUAAAUAUAGUAAUACAAAAAUCUUUUAAAUGGUUUUUUGUAACCUUAUACAUGUAAUUUCUGUACUGAGAUUAUUUUGUAGCAUUUUUUAUAGCAGUAUUUAUGCAGCAAUAUCGAGUUAAUUCAAGUUUAUGUGAAAUUUUUCAUUAUUUUUCCUUCAAAUAAAUUUAUCGAGAACGGUUUAUGUAUAAUAUCUUCAUAUAUUAUACUGAUAAAUAUCUUCAUAUACUAUUACUGAUUAUAUUCUUAACGGAUUAUAAUUAUACAGAAAGAAAUGGAUUUCCUAAUUAAGAUAUUCGAUUGUGUAAUAUGUUACAAGUACUUUAACAUUUAAUUACUAAUUCAAUUCUCUCUUAAUCAUAUCAUUUUUCUCGUCUCGACAACUGUAACUGAACAACAUGUAUUGUGAUUUUUACAACAUUCCGCUUUUAAAUUUUCCAAAAUUUCAAAAAAUUAAGGUUCCAAGAAUUUGGGACUUCAAAUCGGAAAAAUUAAAAGUCUUGAAAAUUGAUAAAGUAUCAAAAAAUAUAAUUAAUAAAGGAGAUUUAAAAUUAUAAAAAUUUUUCACAUUGUCAGGAAUUACAACUCAGAAAACAAAGUAAAUGAUUGGCAGAAAAUGAAAUAAUGCUUUAGCGAAUAACUUUAUAUUUAUUUAUUUUACUCAAAUGGAAGGCAAUCGAUAAAUUCGCAACAAAUAAAAAUAAAUAACACUCUUUCUAGCAAUAAUUACGUGAUCGUUACUUAAGAGUAUAUCAUUACAAUAAAUUCAAUGAUACUUAAUAACAAAAAACUUAUAUGUAUACCACUCCUUACGCGCGCGCGCACGCACGCAAUGCGCAUACCAAACAUAUGUGUAUAUGUGUGUGUAUAUAUGUGUAUAUGUGUGUAUUUGUGUAUGCGUGUAUAUGUGUGUGUGCGAUGCUACUGCAUCUCUUUAUCAUUUCGAUGCGUGGAUUUGUUAUAUACUCGAUGAAGCUAUGUAUAUAUGCAUAGAUGCGAUUGCGGUUUACAUACUUUACAACUUGGCUGCCUUUAUUUCAUCCUAAUUCGCACUCGCGAGUUAUAAAGACUUACUCAUACGUAUACGCACAUACACUGCAGGUGCACCACAUACAACAGACUACCAGAUUCGCACAGCCUGACAGAUCGAUCAAUCAUCGGCAAAAUCAUGAUGAACGACUCGAACUUAAAAUAAUUAACGCGAUUGCAACGUCUCCAAGUAUAGUUCGUUACAAAUUCGAUAAAAUAGGGGCACGUCGUUUUACGAUACAAUAAGACCUUUUUAGUUAAUAAUCGCCUUUUUUAGUUACUCUAAAUUAAUUCAUUAAAUUUAUGUCAAGCUCGCUACUACAAAACACACAUAAUCUCUUUCAUUAUAUUUUACACAUUAUAUACAGUAUUUUACAGAGAACAAUAAAAAUCCUUAUUGUCAUGAGGCAACGGAUGGUGACGAGUAUGACGAUUUUCUACGUGAAUGCUUGUAGGAAGGGAUACUUUCUUUUGGCACCUUUGUUUUUCACCUCGACGCCAUAUUCCAUGUUUGUUGUGAUAAAUAAGUUUGCAGUUUGUAAAAGCUUCAGAUAACGGCGAGAAAAAGCAAUAUGAAAGCAAAAUCUUAAAUGCAGAUAUUAACAAAAAGCGGCUUUUACGAAUUAAUAAUGCUGCAAAUUCAUUAAUAGUUCACGAGCCGUUUAUUACAAAUAAAACGACAUCUUUGCAACCGAUACUGUGCAACUUACAAAAAUAUAUAAGCAAUCGAUUCUCUUGGCACAACAAAUAAAUUAUGAAAUCUAUAAGAUUUACAGAAUCGAUGCUUAUCAGAUCGAUAAAAAAAGAAUGUUUCUGCAACUGACUACGAGAGUCAGGGCUUAGGAGGGAAAAAAACAGGAAAGGCAAACCGGUUCCUUUAAUUAAAUGCACUGACUUAAUUAUUUCCGCGCGUCUCGACAGAUUCGGCAAUGCGUUACGGUGCCCGUUCGUGCUUUUCUGUCAGGCUUUCGCGCACACGGAAUAUGGCAGUACCUCGAGGUCUCUUUAGAAUUCUCUAUGAAGCAUGAAUAUGUUUGGAAUGUUGCAUUUUUUUUCCUUUGCUCUUUCUCUGAUGAAUGCGGGAGAGGAAAUAAUGAUCGCGCGGACCUAUGUACCGUGUUUCUCUAAUGAGAAUGGUGGGAACACACUUCACUAAUUUUUCUCUCACUCGAAACUCUAACAACUUAUACAGUAUUCUCUCUUUCUAUAUUACUACAUAACGCCAGUUCCGCGCGAAACUAAAAAGCUCGCAAGGAAAAACAACACUUCGAGGCACGUUGGUUGCGAGGAAAAUUCGGAACGUUGCGGUAUUAUUUUAAGUAUAGUUCUCUAAAAAAAGAUUAAAGACAACCGCGACGUUUUUUUCUUUCUUUUCAUUUUUUUUUUUAAAAAAAUCAUCGAUCGCUGCAUAUUGGGGUUUCGAUUAGCACCAUCGCUGUCCAUAAACAUUAAUCACAUACAUUCUCGUAAGGAAACCUCACGUUGUGAUUUUAACAAACUAUAUUAGUUACUUGUUCUCUCAUAAAACAAAUUAAUAUAAAAAAUUUUUAACUAUUGCAAUUUUAAACAAAACUUUGAAAAAUUAAAAGUAGAUGUAAUAAAUAUCUUUUAUACAUUUUUUUGAAAUUUUUUUGCGAAACUUUCAUCCAAAGAUAUGAUAUAUUUAUUAUCAUAAUGCCAUAACUUCGUUUGAGGUUUCCUCGCACUUUCUCAGACAAGCGCCCACACUCUUUAAGACACACACAUUUCCCACACACACAACUUUUGCUCUUGUUACCGAGUUUGGCAGCGCGGUCCUUCGUCAUUACAUCGAAGUCCGAAGCCGCUUGGUCUUUGAAGAACGUCUCAAAACAGUGUAGGUUUUAAUGCACGAAGCAACUCUCGCCUGACACAGCGUUCCGAGAUGGAAUCCUUCGAUUUGCGUAGCGAUUACUCGAUACGCAUGGCUUCAAUCUUCCUUGUUCAUACACAGAUUGGAAACAUGGAAUGUUACAAAAGAUUACUAGUCACGGUGGAAAAAUCGAAGGACCGCGCCGACAAUCGAUCCCAAUGACAAUUAUGCAACUUACUCGCGCGCGCAGCCAUUCCUCCUACAAUUUCAGCGCUAUUAUAAUGAUUAUCGAUUAAGAUACGCAAUAAUUUCUAACAUCACAUGCUCUGUGGCUUAGAAAAUAUGUAUAGCUGCGCUGGAAAGCCUUCGAAAUCGCGUAUUCGAAUGUUACACGAUUCGCAGACGUCAGGCGCACACACAUACACAUACAUACAUAUAUAUGUAUGUAUGUAUGUAUGUAUGUAUAUAAGUAUAUUUUACAUAUGUGUAUAUACGUAUGUAUAUAUAUAUAUAUAUAUAUAUGCGUAUGUAUGUAUACCUUUACAAUAAUUAUCGUUAUAUUAGAUUUUGUGAGAGUAUAAUUAUGCAGUUAUGUUACGAUUAAUUAUGAUUGCGGGAAAGGGGCGGGUAUUUGGAAACAGGGGAAUUAUCCGAAAGGAUCAUAUACGCAAUGUUUCUCGUUUUCUUGUUUUGACACACACGCUAUUUCUCGUGGUUAUUAAAAUUCAAGCAACACACGACUGGACAAUAAAAACUAGCUUAAAAAAACCCGUCGUAAGCUGAUUCUUUGGAGAAUUUUGAAAGUUGAUAUUUCGGUCCCGGAACUAUAGGUCUUUUUUAUAUACUUUUACGAGCGGUCCGCCGCAUCUUCGUGCACACGCGUUUUAUUUCAGAUUUUAAUUCGUAAAGAUGUAUGAAGGAAAAACACUUUAUGUAAGUGUUUACAUAUAUAAACUUUGUAUACGCAUAUUUAUCGGACAUUAUUUUUCUGAUGGAACGAUCGAUCAUAUUGAUCAAAAGUAUGAUAUGCGUUAGC